AUGGGUCCCGAUUCCCAAGCUCAACCUCAAGCUCAGGGUUCGUCGCAAUCGCAACCGCAACCCGCUCUUCCAGCGAGAUCAACGAACAGACCCGUGCCGGCCUUCUUUUCCGCUUCACAUCUCGGGAUAGGAGGUGGAGGCGCCAGUGGGAGCGGGAAUGCCAGCGCAAGUGGGAGCGGGAGUGGGAGUGGGGUAGGAGGUAGCGGAGGAGGUUGGUUAGGAAGUGGGAUAGGGGGGAGUAGUAAGGUAGAGCGGGCCGAAGCCAAGUACGACGUUACGGUGGACUAUCCGAAUCUGGAAUUGCAUAGUGCGGCUGCCAGUGGGGACGUGGGGCUGGUCAGGUACGCCCUGACCCACGGUCAGCCCGUUAAUUCGCUCUUGCACGGUGUCUUGCCGCUCCACGCUGCCUGUUCCUCCGGAUCUGAACAGAUCGUACGGAUGCUCAUCGAUCGAGGGGCAGACGUUAACGCUCCGAGAUUACCGAGACGAUAUGCAGAGAGCCUGCAUGCCGCACAGAAACAGAUGCAGAAGGAGAGAGAAGCCAAUGCAGGCGAGUCGUCGAUCAUGGCGGCCUCGUCGUCGACGUCGUUAGCAGAUCGGGCGAGACAUACUCUACAUCUAGGGGGAGGUUCCGGAUCGAGAACGAAUUCGACGGCAUCUUCUUCAAACUUGUUGACGCGGAUGACACGUCGCCCGGCUCCGCUGGCGAUCGUCGGACAGGCAGGGUCGACCCCGUUGCAUUUUGCCGCUGCUAAUGGGCACGUCCCGAUCGUCCGGAUCUUGUUGGCUUGUGGGGCUAUACAUGACAAGGCGGACAAGCACGGGCAUACACCAAAGAUGUUGGCCGAGGCGAAUGAACACGAAGAGGUCGUCGAAACGCUGAAAGCUUGGGAAGGCUUGGUCGAGCGGGAGAGGGAAAAAAUGAGGGCCAAAGUAGAAGAGCAGAAGCAGGAAGAAGUGCCUGUGCAGGACUCAAUGGAACAAGACACACCAAAUACGCCCUCUUCAUCACGCUGGUCGAAAAAGGAUCGGGCGACCUCACAUGGUUCGGGAGAAACUGCACAAAAGGCCCAUCUACGGCAUAGUCUAGAGAACAUGUUUCAAUCCAAGCGUCGUAAUAGCUUGCGAGCGCGUAAGAGCGCGUUGCAGAUGACGGCGGGCGAUUCGGCCGUGGAUCCGGUCUCGGCACCACCUUCUGACGACGGAAACGGUGAUACGGUCGAGCCGAACUUGUCGCCCAUCGACAAUCGCCGUUCGCUCGAUGCUGGCCCCACUGCGCCUUCUUCUCGACGUCCCUCGCUGCCGUCCAUCUUCGAGAAGGCAGGCAAGGGGCACCUCGGGUUCAGGCGGUCGAGUCUGCGAAGACAGUCGCAGGCAGCAUCGACGGAAGCUCCGGUUGCAGCACCGCCAUCGUCUUCACGGCCCGAAUCAUUCUCGUCAGACUUGCCCGCCGAGCUCCUCAACUUCCGAGGCCGCCUCAUGUCUCGCAGCUCGGAUUUUUCCGAAGCUCAAGAUUCAAAUUCGUCUAUACACUCGACCGCCCGGCACAUGUCCAGAGCGGCCUUGUUGACGUUGUUUCGGAAGGAUCCCUACGGCACGCCGCCAAGUCCGUCUCCCAGUCCACCUAGAUCGGCGCCUACACCGCUACCAGAAGACAUCGACGAAAGCAUCGAGCGCAUCAAGAGGGUUAGCAUGGAUGGGGCGAGAUCGAGCACUGGUUCGGUAGUGACCAGACCGUCGUCGAUCGAACCGGGUCAUACUGGGCGAAAGCGGAGCGCAUCACAAGUUACAUUUUCGGACUCGGUGCAUUCGGUAGGCACGACGUCGAGUGGUUAUCCGUGGUCAGGUCCCACCCCGCUAUCGGCUCCGCCUACGACUACGACUUUCGAUACAGCCGCGCGGAGUGAUGAGGAAGAGGAGGUAGCUGAGCCAGACGAACAACUUCGACCGACCGCCACUCGGCGCCGUUCGCGAUCCAACCCCAGCGACGACCUGCGUCCGGCUCCCUUGUCGCGUUCGGGAAGCGAAGUCUUCGUGCCUAGUCCCUUGGGCCAGGACUGGAGCAAAGGGGAGCCGGCACCCAAGUCAAUCCUGCGCAAGCGCACGAACUCGCCGGGCAGACUGACGAUGCGAUCGCUUCCCUCGACCCCCAUAUCGAAGGGAAAGAAGCGAUCGGCAACCAUGCCCGAGAGCAUCCCGUAUGCCCUGAUGGACGGACUCAAGGACGUCGAAAGACAGAGACAUAACCAGGACAAUGAACCGAGUCCCGAUCAAGAUAAACACCAAGGGGAAAAGCAAGACCAGGUUGGAGAGAGCAUUUGGGACCGAGCGGCCGCGCGACAAUACCGCAAGAGCAAGAGCAGGAAUGGGAGCUUCAAUUCAGUGUCAUCCUUGUCAGUGCAUCCGGUACCACCGUCUCCUACAGCCUCCUCCGAGGCGGUAACGCAGACCGCGAGCAGGCUCUAUUCAAAACGCCUCCCCGGAACACGUGCUCGAAAUCGAUCCGUCUCGUCCGUCUCGACCACGGCUUCAGGCAUGAACUUUAGUACCUCUACAUACGACACCAACUUCACACCAUUUACGCCAAUCUCCCAGACCGCCACCUUUGAUCAGUCAGAUCUUGAUCCAGCUGCAAUUCAUGUCAAGAAGGGAAUGGCGCGUCGGCUGAGUAAGCGCAAGGAAAAGGAACCGGCUUUGCUGUACGAUGUGCCCGUUCCCGCACCAAAGGGCAAGGGGGCUGUGACAGACCCUGAAAAGGUGGCAGCAGAUCGCGUUCGACACGCCGAACAGGACAUCUUGCAGUCCAUCGCGAUCGGAUCGUCCUCGUCAUUGGCAGAGCAGUUAGCGGCCUAUGGCGAUAGUCUGUUGUUACAAAAGCAAUCAUCUCGCUCAAACGACUCGAGCGAAGGAACAUCACUUGUGGCAGCCGCGUCGAGCGACAAAGUUUCGAGAUCCUACGCAGCGCCAUCUGCGGUGACUUUGGCCAAAGCUUCAGGAUCUGUUCGUCCUCGAAUCAUCAAAACCGACUCGAGCGACAGCAACGCCACGCUCAAGACGCAAGAUAGUCGGCCACAGCGUGCCGUCGCCCCCACCAUCCCGACCGAACCAUUGCCCUCGUCAAACACAGCUCCAGCCAUCACAAUAGCGCAUGCGCCCUCGAGCUCAAUACCGGCCAUCAACCGCAUAUACGAGGAUCGGGCGGCGGCGUAUCGCAAAAAGGGCCUGGCGCUAAAACAAAAGGCGCCCAUAUAUUCUGCUGGAAAGGCUUCUAGUAAGACACCUGUCGAUAUCAAUGAUCACUGGUUGAUGGCAGGGGCCGCUCGACGUAGCUCUUCGGGAACUGUCUCGCCUGCUGCGGGCGAUCACAGCGAUCCGACCCCGGCGAGACGUCGUCCGCGUGUCAGUGACGAGGAUUCGGGCGAUCACGACCAACCUAGAUCAAGAUCGACCUCAGGAGGUUCGAUCGGUACUGCUUCGCCCAUCAUCGCAACUGCCUCAAGUCCCCACACAAUGCGACAACGUUGGGGCGAUCUGAAUUUCAAGAGCGCUACCAAGAAUUUCAUCGGCAAACAUAGGGCAUAA